CCUUGAUUUUUUCCAAUAUCAAUAUAAUCCUGGCCUUUUCGAAAACCCUUAUCCUGAGAGAAGAAGGAAGAAGAGAAGAGGAAUGGUAGUUGAUGAUAUUGAUUGGGAAGAUUUAAUCAUUGAGACCCUUAUUCUUCAUCAAGUAAAAGAAGAGGAAAUUGAAAAGGGGCAUUACAAUACCUUACUAGAUCAACGCGUUUAACUCUGGAAUUGAUUGCGAAAGUAGAGAGGUUUCAAAUAUACAGGCAUUAUAGAAGUUUUAGAUACACUGCUAUUUUAAUGAUCCAUUAUUUCUCACUGACAACCAUCAUCUGACAGAGCAGAUAUUAUCUUGCGCAAAGUUUUGUAGUAGCAUUUUUAUAUAUCAAUUUGUAGCAGCGGUUACAUCCUUUUUUACUUUUUAAAACCUAGGCAUCUUAAUGUAUAGUUGAUAUCAAGACAUUAUCAUGAUCUCUUGAUUUUUUGUAAUCAUAUAUACUUAUUUUUAUAUUCUACGACAAUCUCCUUUUAAAUUUCACUAUGGUUUUAUCCAUGGUAGAAAUUAUAAUUUCUUUCAUGUCUGAUUGUAAGCGUGCCCGUGCCCAAUUGUUUUACUAUGAUGUUUUGAAUAUUAAGUGCUUGGCAUGUCCCAUUACCCGGUUUUUUCAAAGUACUGUAUUCAUAUUUCUGCAUUGGUUAGUACAUGGUAGCACAUAAUGAGCAGUUUGCUUUUGCUGUAUUGGUUAAUUUGGACGUUACUGCAAUGUUUCAUUGUUCCUGCUGAGACUUCUCUUCUAUGAUUAUUGCCAGGAACCAUGGUUUUGUUUUCUCACAUUUACCUGCUGUAAGACUCAGAUUUUUUAUCUUAUUAAUAUCAUCUUUUGCAUGGCUUCAUAAUCUCAAUCAAGUUAUUUGAUUCAAUAUAGUGACAUUUACUGUGUCUUCAAGUUCAAGGUGUAAACUUAAUCUCAUUUUUCUUCCUAAUGACAUGACAUCCCUUUCAGUUCUUGAAUUGUUGUUGUAAAGUCCACCACAGGAUGAUGUUUCUUUUUCAUAAUCGCAUUUGUGUUACUGUUUAUAAAAUAAGGAGGUGAAGAGGGUGAGAUGAGAAAGGGAAGAAAUUUAGAUAAUGUGGAGAGAGAACGUAUCAUAUAAUUGUUAAAUGUUUUAAAGAGAACAAAAAUGGAAAAAUGUCUCCUCUUUCUCCUUAUUAAUAGACGAAUAUAUGUCCUCCUGGACUUGCAUUCUCCAUUCUCUGACUUUAUCAUUCCUUUUUUAUGUAUAUGUUUCCAAUAUGUUUAGUAAAAUACCAUAUUUAUCAUAAUGUAAAAUUUUACUGUCAACAUUUUUCUUUGAAUUUUCAGUAAUGCUGGUAGAUUAAUUCAUGCAGGUGCUAACUGAGGACAAAAAGAUCACACCCCUUAGAGAUCAAGCUAUGAUUACUGCCACUCAAGGAAAAUCUCUUGUUGGAAGUACCAGAAAUCUGAAGAAUGAUCCGGAUCAUCUCCUUAUUCUUGUCCAUGGUAUCUGGUCUAGCCCAAGUGACUGGACUUAUGCAGAGGCCGAGCUAAAAGAGCACCUUGGAAAAGACUUUUUAAUUUAUGCAAGUUCAUCGAAUGCUUAUAAUAAGACACUUACUGGGAUUGAUGAAGCAGGAAAGCGAUUGGCAGAUGAAGUCAUGCAACUUGUAAAAAAGACCAAGAGCCUGAAAAAAAUAUCCUUUCUGGCCCAUUCUCUGGGAGGCCUUUUUGCUAGAUACGCAAUUGAUGUCCUUUAUUCAACUGAUACCUAUAGUAGUGGCCAAACUGGUGAUCCAGCAAACUGCAUGAUGGAAAAUUUACAGAGAACAGACUUUUCAAGAGGGAUGAUUGCUGGGUUGGAGCCAGUGAAUUUUAUUACUUUAGCAACUCCACAUCUUGGUGUAAGGGGAAAAAAACAGCUUCCAUUUCUGUUUGGUAUCUCAAUCCUAGAAAAGCUUGCUGCUCCUAUAGCUCCAUUUUUUGUUGGUCAAACUGGUCGUCAGCUAUUCCUUACUGAUGGUAAACCCGAAAAACCACCUCUUCUUUUGAAAAUGGCUUCUGAUUGUGAGGAUGGAAAAUUCAUAUCUGCACUUGGAGCUUUUAGAUGUCGUGUGGUUUAUGCUAAUGUAUCAUAUGAUCAUAUGGUUGGGUGGCGUACAUCCUCUAUAAGAAGGGAAAUCGAACUUGGUAAGUCUCCACGCAAAUCUUUGGAUGGAUACAAGCAUGUUGUUGAUAUGAAAUACUGCCCCCCAGUUCCUCAUGAUGGGCCUCAAUUUCCUCAGGAGGCAGUGAAAGCGAAGGAGAUUGCACAAAAUACCCAGAAUACUGUGGAAUAUCAUGAAAUUAUAGAAGAGGAGAUGAUACGGGGAUUGCAGCAAUUGGGAUGGACAAAAGUUGAUGUCAGCUUUCACUCAGCAGUCUGGCCUUUCUUUGCUCAUAAUAAUAUUCAUGUGAAAAAUGAAAGGCUUCACAAUGCUGGUGUAGGAGUAAUAGCUCAUGUUGUUGACACCUUAAAACAGCAAGAAACAUCAUCAGUUUUGGCUUGUUAGCUUUUAGCAAGUAGUAUGAUUCACCCUGCCACCGCCUGAGACAUAGCUGCACAAUACAAAGACCCAUAUAUGAUUAUUUUAUUUUAAUGGUCUUUGAUAAUUGAUAUCUUUACAACAAUUGAAUUCGAAAUAUAUGUU